UAAGGAGCUUGCUGAAGCAGACCCCUGCCUGCUGCUCCCCACACCCAGCCCCGAGACGGAGCACCCCGCCGACCCCACCAUGUCAUCAGAGCCCGGCGCCCCGCCGGCCGUGCCCCCUCUGCACUCUCCCAAGUCCCCGGUCUGGCCCACCUUCCCCUUCCAGCGUGAGGGCAGCCGUGUCUGGGAACGGGGCAACCUCCUACUGCGGGACCUGCCCAGCCCACUGCCCACUAAGAGGACCAGGACCUACUCUGCGACGGCACGUGCCUCUGCCGGGCCUAUCUACAAGGGUGUCUGCAAGCAGUUCUCCCGCUCACAGGGCCAUGGGUUCAUCACUCCAGAGAACGGCACAGAAGACAUUUUUGUCCAUGUGUCUGACAUCGAGGGGGAGUACGUCCCGGUAGAGGGGGAUGAGGUGACGUACAAGGUCUGCCCCAUCCCUCCCAAGAACCAGAAGUUCCAAGCAGUGGAGGUGGUGCUCACCAACCUGGCACCCCAUACGAAGCAUGAGACGUGGUCUGGGCAGAUCAUCGGCUCCUAG